UGCUUUUUGCGGAUGAUGUGGUCCUUCUGGCUCCAUCAAACAGCGACCUCCAGCUCUCGCUGGAACAGUUCACAGCCGAGUGUGAAGCGGCUGGGAUGAGAAUCAGCACCUCCAAGUCUGAGGCCAUGGUUCUCAGCCGGAAAAGGGUGGAUUGCUCGCUCCAGGUCGGGGGUGAGUUCCUGCCCCAGGUGGAGGAGUUUAAGUAUCUCGGGAUCUUGUUCACGAGUGAGGGUAGGUCGGAACGUGAGAUUGACAGGCGAAUUGGGGCAGCAUCAGCAGUGUUGCGGGCGCUUAACCAGUCUCUCGUGGUGAAGAGGGAGCUGAGCCGGAAGGCGAAGCUCUCGAUUUACCGGUCAAUCUACAUUCCUACCCUCACCUAUGGCCAUGAAAUUUGGGUAAUGACCGAAAGAACAAGAUUGCGGAUACAAGCGGCUGAAAUGAGUUUCCUUCGGAGAGUGGCCGGGCUCAGCCUUCGAGAUAGGGUUAGGAGCUCGGUCAUCCGGGAGGGACUCGGAGUAGAGCCGCUGCUCCUUCAUGUCGAGAGGAGCCAGUUGAGGUGGUGUUCUGGCAGCAUUCCAGCUCACAUAAGGAAACGGUUUGAUCCAAGACAAAUUCGAGACAACAAUGAUCUGCCAGAAUGUUCUGAUCCAAAGACUUUCAAGGUGCGGGUCGGAAACUUGGUGUUCCUGAAACUGUUGCAGCGUGCCAGGUGGGACAGUGAACGCUGGGACGGUCCUUAUGAGAUGGUUGGCAUCAGCCCGACUGCAGUGAAAGUUGACGGACGCACAGGGUGGCCUCAUCAAUCCCAGCUCUGUCGGUUCACAGAAGGACCUAGCGACGCCAGUCCCCAGGCCCUGAUUCUAAAUGUCCCGACCUCACCCAAAGUCAUCAAGAGCGGUGGAAGGGUUUUCCACCCUGCUGGCAGCCCGUCCGCUCCUACGAAAGACCACAGCCAAGCCUGUCGCUCCAGGGGACCAAGUCUUCGUCAAAGUCAUUAA